AUGUGGAGAACGUCCAUGCGACUCUGGUCCAUUCUGCUUGUGACUGGAGCGACCGCAGUCAAACCACCGCAGGCUCUCCUUGUGAAGCUUCAGAGCGAAUCCAACGAGGUUCCAGGAAGCGAUCAAUUCGUGGCCCAGCCGGUGGACAACGAGCACGAUCAGGGGCCCCCUCGACCUUUCUGGGUGUUUGACUUCGAUGCACUGGAGACGAAGGAGGCGUGGAACUGCGGUUUGGUCAUGGCCACGGCGGGGAUCCUUUGUGCCGCCGGGGGAAUUGGCGGCGGAGGAAUCUAUGUGACAGUUCUCAUGGUCGCUGGAGGCUUGCCCGUGCGGGAUGCCGUGCCUUUGUCCAAAGCCGUUGUCUUCAUCGGGUCGAUCUCCUCGCUCUUCCUGAACUUGAGGAAGGCGACUGCCAGCAGUGAUCCGCUGAUCGACUACAACGUCUGCCGGCUAGUGGUUCCUGCUGCUUUGGUCGGGACCUACAUUGGCGUCCUCUUGAACUCCUUGGUCCCCACAUGGGCAGUGCUGCUGGCCUUGGUCGGCAUUCUGGUGGCCAUCUCCUACAUGAUCCUGCUAACGACUUGGCAACAGUAUGCCGAAGAAGAGCACUUCAGCUCCUCUGUGGAAAGGAAUGCGAAAGCUUCCUCGAUUUCUCAUGCAAAGACCGAGAAUGUUCCAGAAGUGAGCAUCAAGUAUGCGAGGGAGGUGCCACAGACGGUCACGAGAACCGAUGUCAUCCUCUCAGCUGCUCGCGCCCAAGAGCAGUAA